GUUCUCAGGGUAACACACAAAAGGGAGAGUAGUAUUGAGUGCAGUUAUUAUCUUACAUUAAUUCCUAGUAAGUUGGAGAGAGAGAGAGAGAGAGAGAUAUGGCUAAGAGGUGUAUGAUUUUGUUGGUUCUUGCUCUUGUUGUGGCUGCAAGUGCAAGAAACAUACCAAGCGAUGCAGGUGUGAAGGACCAGAAGAACUUCGUGUCAUUUGGUGGUGUUGGUGGUUAUUCAGGAAUAGGAAGUAAUGGACUACCUUUUGGUGGAGCUGGAGCUGGAAUCGGCGGUGCUUUUGGUAGCGGCGGUGGUCUUGGAGGCGGAAUCGGUGGCUUAGGUGGAGUUGGCGGGGUUGGUGGUGGUGCGGGUGCCUUAGGGGGAGUUGGCGGUGUUGGUGGUGUAGGUGGUGGUGCCUUAGGUGGAGUUGGCGGUGUUGGUGGUGUUGGUGGUGGUGCCUUAGGUGGUGUUGGUGGUGGAAGUGGUGUUUUUCCUUCCCCUUAAGAUAAACAAUCCAUGCAUGCAUGCAUGGAGUUGUUUCUUUGAAAUUGUUACUCUAGUACUAUUUCUUUAAGUAUGGAUUAAUGUUGUGUACGUGUAUUUAUCGUUGAAGCAUUCUAGGCUAGCUUGUGUUUAUUUGAUCUUGUUUAUUAGUGAGGUUCGUGUCCUUUUGUUUUGGUGUUGAUUAUUACUUUAUGUGAACCACUACGUUGUUUUAUGGAAUUCAUAUAUUUCGUUUUGGAAGUAAUGUGAGCAAUAUAUUAGUUUAAUUUUCUA